ACAAUCUCCUAUAUUUUACAUAAUCAGAUAAAGGAUCAAAGGAUCCAAUGAGGUAUUGUUUAUUGUAUUUGCUUCGGGUUGACACUUGUGGGUGAUGUGUGGUCUCUCAGGACUCAAAGGUGUGGUCGUUGAGGAUUCCCCGCCCCCUGUCGCUUGUUACAAACACAAUUUAUAUUCAUUUAUUCAUGUCAGGCAUUUCGAAUGAUUAAUCAAAACAACAGCUUUAACUUGUAUGGUUGCAGAAGAAACCUUAAUAGUAAACAAAGAGUUUAAGAGACCCCUUUUCGUUCAAGUAAAGAACCCUAUGGAGUGUAGUGCACUAUGUAGUGAUGCUGCCUUCUGCUGGAGCCGCACUGCUCCACCGGCCCGUGCAGAGAUGGCGAGGAAACCCCGUGGACACGGCACUGCUUUUUCAUGACGGUGUCAUGGAUGAUGAAGACGACCGCCGGCUUCUGGAUUUUAUAGGAGAUGUGCAAGCAUUGAAUGAGUAUCUUCAUGGUUCAAAUAGUAAAUGUAUUGGAGAAGAUGAUGUGACUAAUGCAGCGUUUGGGUCGGCCAGUUCGUUCUUCACUAGUGACACAGGUGGCUCCAACGAAGGACUCAAAGAUGACCACAAUCAUUUGGGAGAAUUUGGGGAGGUUGGUGGAACUGAGCUUCAGCUCUCAAGCAGUCUUCCAUUCAUCGAGGAUGACCUCGACAGUGGAACCUCACAAGACGAGGUCGAUCUUGGGGGCGAGGACCAACCCUUCGACAUACUUCAGAAGUCAUUGCUGGAAGCAGAUAUUACAGAGCAGACAUUGGCUCAAGAAGCCCUUUUGGACUCCCAGCCCUCUCUCAUUCCCACAGCUUCCGCUUUCCCUCAGCAGCUGGUCUCUGGAGGGUUUGAAGGUAUCCCAGGUCCUGGUGUGGUGGCACCAUUGGCACAACCUCAGGCUUUUAUCCAGCAGGUUCCCCAACUACCCUUGCCAAACGGCCCUGCUGGACACAUCCAGGUAGUGGGAUCCUUCAAUGGCAGUGCCUCCUCCAUGAUGACUAUCAACAGUUUGGAACAGCCUCAAAUCCUUUUGAGGCAGAGUGGAAAUGUAGUGACAAACAACAGCGGACAAGGUACCAUGUUCACCCCUUCUGCAGCUGGUCAGGUGUCAAUGUCCUUCAAUAAAGGGACGAUACCAGUUCAGAAUAUUAUCAUCCAGAGAGGCCCUAUGCAACAGACAUUGAUUAGACCCAUUCAGCCUAAACCCUUACAGACAGGGGGACAAACUGUAUACAGUAUCAGCAACAUCGGGCUUCAACCCAGCACCACAACUACUGCGAAUAUAGUCAGUAACCCAUACACAGCCAGCGGCUCUCCUCAGUCUGCUCAGCAGGUGAAAGUGGUCAAUCCAGCCAGCAGCAUUGUAAUGCAUUCACCUCUGGGGCAGCAAGCGCAACCACAGUCCCAGUCCAAUCUGCCUCAAGGGCAGUUUUUGCUACCCACUUCUAUUUCCCUCACCCCUGGUACGACUGUUCACGGCUUCCAGGCUGUGAAUGGGCAGGUAUAUUGUACUGUAUUUACACGUAAAUGCAACCAAAAUGCAAUUGCUUUUUGCUUGAUUGGCUUUAUGUUUGUGAUGUUUCGCUACAUCGCUCUCUCAGAUGGAUUCCUGGAAGACUUCUGCUGUGGCCCUAAACUGAAGAUCCGAAGUACAGAAGUUUUGACGCCCGCCACCCAUGAGGGCAAUCCCAGCGUAAUGGAGACAUCCCCAAGGCAUUCCAUAAGUCACACCGGAAGAGAUGGGCAGGGUAUGAACAGCCACACAGAACCUGCUUAUAGGACAGAACCUCAACAACAAGGAAUGGAGGAACACAGAAGAACUCCCAUCAAGUGCAUCCUGGACCUAAAAAAAAAGAAAUUCAACAACCUAAUCAGCAGCAACAGUCAACAUGCUCACUACCCUACAUCUCCCAGCCAAUCACAGCAUAGCUCCGCCCAAGGCUACCCUUCGAACCUGGGGCAGGGUCAUGAACAUCAACUUCCCUCAGAUCAUAGUCACACCCCAUUGGCUGACUCUGUGCUUGAGGCUGCCGUGAAUAGCAUCUUAGAAUGUUAGACAGUGCCAUAUUUAUGUUUGUUAGUUGUUCCAUGUUAAUCUCAUUUCAUGCCAUUUGUGUGCAAGCUGAACGGACGUACAUUGGCAUUAUCGCGGGUUAAAAUGCACACAGCGGCUGUGACGAUGUCGAGGAACAGGAAGGUGAAUCUGGUGAUGGUGAUACUCUAAUACUGUGCCUGUUGUUCUAGAGAAGUUUACAUAAGAAAGCCUUUUUGACAAUGCUUCACAGGAUACACUUGCAACCACACACACACACGCACAUCAAUAUAUGCACACAUACACACACAAUCAAGCAGUAAGUGUGAUGUUUGAAAUGUCAUGAGUAGACAUUGAUAUUUGUAGCUUAUUGGUCAAUAUCAGACACUUAGACAAAUAGUCAGUCCGCACUUAAGGUUGUAUGGUUGUCUCAACACUUAUGUUGUGUCAGUGCAGUAGACAUUGAAACAAGUGACGCACACGAACACACCUGCACAUUUAAUUGUUUUUGAGCAUUGGUUGUGCUCUUUUUUUCUUUUUUGGUUUACUUUUUUUCUGUACCUUACAGGUAUGUGACCCCUCCACAGAGACAAAACUCACUUGUGUGGUUUUGUGCAGGGGAAAGUUAAGACCUCAGAUUGAGGGUACAAUGUUACAUUGUUUAUCUUUUUUGUUUGUUUUAAUUCAUUU